CUCUUAGACACCUUCUUCAAUUUCUUGGCUCGGAAAACAGAUUUUUACACGGGCGCGCCGCCGGAAGUCGGGGAAAAAAUGGUAUUAGAAAAAUUUAAGAAAUACCAGAAAGUGGCAUAUGCAGAAGACGAGAAGAUGGAGGAGAGGGAAGCAGCAAACCAGCCAAAGAUUAAGGAACUCACAGACGAGGAAGCAGACGCGCUGGAGAAGAAGUUAGCAGCGAAAUCGGAGAAGUCCCCAGUCCAGUCACCGAUAACAAGGGCAAGAUAAAGCCCAACGCAGGGAACGGCUGUGAUCUGGAGAAUUACCGGUGGACGCAGACUCUACAGGAGGUGGAGGUCGUCAUUCCCCUGAACCUCAAAGUGAAGUCAAGAGACGUGGUGGUGGAGUACGGGCGAAAGACCAUAAAGGCUGGGCUAAGAAACGCCACGCCGAUCUUGCAGGGAGAGCUCUAUAACGAAAUCAAAGUGGAGGAGUGUAACUGGUAUCUCGAUAAUGGCAGUGCGAUUGUUUUGAGUCUAUUAACAAGAUGGAGUGGUGGGGUCGGCUGGUGCUGUCCGACCCGGAGAUCAACACGCAGAAGGUGGCCCCCGAGCCCUCCAAGCUGGGCGACCUGGACGGGGAGACGCGAGGGAUGGUCGAGAAGAUGAUGUACGACCAGCGCCAGAAGGAAAUGGGCAAGCCGACCUCGGACGAGCAGAAGAAGCAGGAGGUCCUUAAGAACAAGUGUAAAUUCAAUUAGAAGUUUCUCCCCUGUGUAGGGGCGUCUCCGCUCUCCUGUCGUCAAACGUAUCAAACAAAUAAGAGCUCCGCAGAAUAGAUUUUCUUUAUUAUCAAUAAACAUUACUAUUUGAGGUUGAUCUGGGCAUUAUUGGCGCAAGGGAAGUUAAUCGUUAAUACCGAUUAUCGGAAUGUAACGUGGAUGAAUAUCGGAUUAUAUAAUAUGCUGGCAUUGGUACCCUAAUUUCUCCGAUGUCUUCAGAUGCUUAAUUAGGUGUAUUGGGUGCUAAAUCACAAGUCUGUUGCAUAAAGAGAGUGUCAGAAUUAGCAAAAUAAAAAAAGUGAAAAAUCUGAAA